AUGGCGUUUUCGUUCAACAAGGCGCCGACUGCUUCCACCUCACUGUUUGGUGGUACAAAUACUGCGCCGUCGUUCGGCGCGGGCACCAACACAAACACAGGGGCUCCUGCGCAGACAGGCACUGGCCUGUUUGGUGCAAGUGCCCCGAGUCAAGGCGGCUUGUUUGGCUCGUCUACGACGCAGUCGAACGCGCAACAAAGUGGUGGUUUGUUUGGAUCGAAGCCUGCGCAGUCAGGUGGUCUUUUCGGUUCACAAACAAGUCAGCCGCAGCAGAGUGGUGGUCUUUUUGGAUCGCAAGGAAACCAACCACAACAAGGCGGUGGUCUUUUCGGUUCACAGACCAGUCAGCCGCAACAGAGUGGUGGUCUUUUCGGCUCGCAGACUGGUCAGCCGCAACAAGGUGGUGGUCUUUUUGGAUCGCAAGGAAACCAACCACAACAAGGCGGUAGUCUUUUCGGUUCACAGACCAGUCAGCCGCAACAGAGUGGUGGUCUUUUCGGCUCACAGACUGGUCAGCCGCAGCAGAGUGGCGGUCUUUUCGGUUCGCAGACUAAUCAGCCGCAGCAGAGUGGUGGUCUUUUCGGCUCACAGACUGGUCAGCCGCAACAAGGUGGUGGUCUUUUUGGAUCACAGGCUAGUCAGCCUCAGCAGAGUGGUGGUCUUUUCGGCUCACAGACCAGCCAACCACAACAAAGUGGUAGUCUUUUCGGUUCACAGCCUAGUCGGACCCAGCAAAGCGGCGGUGGCCUUUUUGGCUUACAGCCUAACCAGCCCCAGCAAGGUGGCGGCCUUUUUGGUUCACAAACGCAGCCCCAGCCGAAUAGUUUGUUCGGACAACCCACAUCAUCGCUUAAUUCGUCGGCAUCCAUGCCUGCGAACGCAGCUUCGAAUACUGCCUCGCAAGAUCGGAAGUUAGGCGCUCCCCUCCAUGUCCAGCUUGACCGGAUUGCCGCUAGUUGGGACACGUCCAAUUUGGGAACGUGUCAAUUCCAAGUACGUAUGUCUGAUGCUCACACAAAGUACUAUCUGUACAACCGCGCACCUGACGCACAGAGUCUAACGCAGUUGUGUGUAAGAAGGCCGGACGCUGUUGGUCCGAUGCACGAUAAUCUGUGGAACAAAGCAUUGCAAGAAAAUCCUGAACCAGAACGUUUAUACCCAGUUCUUGCAGUCGGGUUUGGAGACUUGCAAGUGCGUUCGAAUGCACAAAAGACUGAGGCAUCUCGCCAGCUUUCAAAGGCAGCUGAGCUCAGUAAGAAGCUGGCCGAUUUGCACCAAAAGCACGAUUUGUCGAACGCCGUUCGUGCGCAUUCAGCAAUGAUGAUGCAGACACGCAUCCACCAGCGGCUGCUCUCUUUUGUGAAAGAUACAUCAAUGCUUAUCCCAGCUCUGCGUGGCCAGAGUCUCACAGCUGUCGAAGACAAUGUAAAGGCAUUGCUUGAGAACUGUGACGCUCAGCUAAAUGGCGCCAUGGGCGACUAUGCGGCCUCUUCGACAGAACAUGCUCGUUUGCGUGCGCAAAUGAAUGAACUAUGGGCCCAGCUGAGCGUUGUACGUGCGAAGCGGGAGGCAUCACAAGCGCAGGGCCGAGCGAAUGGCGGCACAGAAUGGGUCGUAGUGGAUGAAUCUUCGUUUGACGAGAUCACGCACAUUCUUGCAGCCCUGCAACAAGGUCUGGUGCAUCUGUCCAACACACUCACCAGCGACUCAAAGGCUCUCGAUACUGUGUGUGACGGACUCAAGGGCGUGCCGCUGGUCGGCGUGCGUCAUCGAUAA